AUGUUAGAUAAUCCCAACGAGGCAAUCUUGUCAGACUUCAUGACCGUCGAGUACGCCACAGCCAGGGCUCAUCUAAUCGCUAGAGGUCUCGCGAACGAAGAAGCAGCUGCAGAAGUGCUUGAAACUAUCUGGACCUUCAACAACGACGCUGCCAAAGAUGCUUGGGCAGAGCAAGCAGAAAUAGAACUAAGGCAGGCUCAAGAAGCUCGGCAGGUCGCAGCCGAGCAAGAGCAAGAACGGCAGCAAGCGCUGGAAGACGAACUUAUUGCAGCGCGCAAGGAAGAACACCAGAAGAACAAAGCUAAAUUUGUCCCCGUCUCUGCAGCUAAGAUACUGACCAUUCCCACCAUCAUCUCUUCUCACUAUGCUGUACGCAAACUCAAAACUGGGGAUUACUGCAAACUCUUUUACUUCACCAAUAAAGGCCUGUCCGAAGCCAAGAAGAAUCUUCUCUCAACAGAACCGCAAGGCUUAAUCCUGAUCCCAGGAGCAGAUGACCAACAGAUGUGGGUUAACGCGGAUGAAACUCGUGACUCAAAAACUGUCAUCACCAAGGACGAGAAUCUAUCUUGGGAAGAAUUCAAUGAAGCCGCACCAUGCAUGAUCACAGCCAUGAAGCAACAAGAAUGGCCAGAAGAUCGCAUUAACAUGCACAUAAGUUUUUGGACAGCUCUUCAAAAUCAUCGUUGGCGUCAUGCUACGGACCUUCUGAAGCAACAUGUGUUACAGUCACUACGUGAGCCCCCAGCUACACGACCAGCCCUCUGCCACCUUGCACGGCAACGACACGAUACCCGGGCCUUUAGGCCUUGA